AUGCUCCAACAGGGUUCUCUCUCAGUGCCGGAGGUGGUCUGGGGCACUUUUGCUUCAUUUUUUGUCUCGAUAGCCUUGUCGUUACCAAAGAAGCUGUCUCCAAUUAAUACCAUUCACAACAGUGACAAAUGCUUUAAUUAG